AUGCAGCGGGGGAGAAGCAGCGAGGUGCUACGGGAGCUCCUCCGAGCCCGAGAGGAGGCCGUGGAUCUGCCGGCGUCGCCGUACGACACGGCGUGGGUGGCCAUGGUGCCCCAGCAGCAGCAGCAGCAGCACGGCGGCGGCGCUCCGCCGUCUCCUCGCUUCCCGCAGUGCGUCGCGUGGAUACUGCAGAACCAGCGCGGCGACGGGUCGUGGCGCACUUCGGUAGCGCCGCCGGCGCCGGCGGCGGCCAAGCCCGGCUCCCCGCCGGCGACCGGCAGCACGCGCGCCGCCCUCUCCUCCACGCUCGCCUGCGUCAUCGCGCUUGCACGGUGGGACACCGGCAGGGAGAACGUCCGGAGAGGGCUGGAAUUCAUUGGGAGGAACAUCUGGGUCGCCAUGGACGAGCAGCAGACGGCGGCGGCAGGCUUCAUCGUUAGUUUCCCGGCGAUGCUCCGGCUGGCCAUCGACAUGGCUUUGGAGGUUCCGGUCAGGCAAGCCGACUUACGCGCCAUCCUUCGGCUGCAGGAUCUCACCAGUAAGGCACAAUCACAAGAUGCUGGGCUGAUUUGCUCCGGGGGAAGAAAAACAUAUACGGCAAAUAUCUCAGAAGGACUAGGAAAUCUUGACUGGGAUGAGGUGAUGAAAUUCCAAAGGAAGAAUGGAUCAUUGUUCAACUCCCCUUCCACCACUGCUGCUGCAUUAAUCCACAACUAUGAUGCUAAAGCUCUCCAGUACUUAGACAUGCUUCUGGACAAAUUUGGCAGUGCAGUACCAGUAACCUAUCCUGUAAAUAUUCAGUGCCAGCUUCACAUGGUGGAUGUGCUUGAAAAGAUGGGAAUAUCUAGGUAUUUUGUUGAUGAGAUAAGGAACAUACUGGACAUGACCUACAGUUGCUGGCUACAGAGAGACAACGAAAUUAUGCUUGACAUGGAAACAUGUGGGAUGGCAUUUCGUAUGCUGCGAUUGAACGGAUAUGACGUUUCUUCAGAUGAGCUAUCCCAUUUUGCUGAACCUUCAAGUUUCCACAAUUCACCUCAAGGAUGUCUGAAUGAUACAAGAUCUUUACUAGAAUUGCAUAAGGCUUCAAAGGUCACUAUCUUGGAAAAAGAGGUAACCCUGGACAAUAUAGGCUCCUGGACAGGUUGCUUACUGAAGGAACAGUUGUUAUCCAGUGAGGCGAAAGGAAAUCCACUGUUUGAAGAGGUUGAAUAUGUUCUUGAUUUUCCCUUCUAUACCAUGUUGGAUCGUCUAGAUCAUAAAAGAAAUAUCGAACAUUUUGACAUUACAAGCUGUCAGAUGCUAGAAUCAGCAUACUUGCCUUGUAAUUCCAAUGAAGAAAUCAUGGCCUUGGGUGUCAGAGAUUUUAGUUGCUCUCAAUCUAUUUACCAAGAAGAGCUGCAGCAACUCAACAGUUGGGUGAAAGAAAACAGGUUGGACCAACUACAAUUUGCACGGCAGAAGCUGGACUACUUCUAUUUCUCUGCUGCUGCCACCAUUUUACCUCCAGAACUGUCAGAUGUUCGCAUUUUGUGGGCCAAAAAUGGUGUGCUCACAACUGUCGUCGAUGACUUCUUCGAUGUUGGGGGAUCAAAGGAAGAAUUGGAAAACCUCGUCGCAUUAGUUGAGAGGUGGGACAAGAAUGAGAAAACUGAGUACUACUGUGAACAAGUAGAGAUUGUGUUCUCUGCAAUUUAUACUUCAACUAACCAGCUUGGAUCAAAGGCUUCUGCAGUACAAGGCCGUGACGUCACCAAACACCUUGUAGAAAUAUGGCAAGAGCUGCUGAGGUCCAUGAUGACAGAGGUAGAGUGGAGGCAGAGCCAGUAUGUGCCAACAGCAGAGGAAUACAUGGAGAAUGCAGUUGUGACAUUUGCAUUGGGGCCCAUUGUGCUCCCAGCAUUGUAUCUUGUUGGCCCAAAGCUCCCUGACUCUGUCGUCAGAAGCCAAGAAUGCAGUGAGCUAUUCAGGCUAAUGAGCAAAUGUGGUCGUCUCCUGAACGAUGUCCAAUCCUACGAGAGAGAGGGUGCCCAGGGCAAGAUGAACAGCGUGUCGCUGCUCGCCGUUCACAGCGGCGGCUCCGUCUCCCUGGAAGAGGCUGCGAGGGACACUCAGAAACCCAUCGAGAGAUGCAGGAGAGAGCUGCUGCGGCUGGUUGUCAGCAGAGGAGGCGCUCUUCCUAGGCCAUGCAGGGAGCUGUUCUGGAAGAUGUGCAAGGUCUGCUACUUCUUCUACUCCCAUGGCGACGGCUUCAGCUCGCCGACGGCGAAGGCCGGCGCGGUGGACGCCGUGAUCCACGAGCCGCUGCGACUCGAAGCAGCAACGUGCUAG